AUGUCCGCCACUUUGGAUGAUGAUGGCUCCGAGGAUGUUAAUGAUUUUCUAAAGCGCGUCAAAGAGCUCGGGGACCAGCGGGACAGGGAGGAUGAAGAACGAAAUAGAAGACUCGAGGAAGAAAUCAUACAGGGUCGAAAAGAAAGACAGGCUCGUAGAGAAGAGCGCGCGCGAUCUUUAUCACCCUCCAAGGAUUCGACGGCUUACUCGGGCACCCCAGGCUCUGGUGAAUUAAAAGAGAAGUCCGCUGUAAUGCAAGGCAUAUCCCGCACGCCUUCGCUGCAGCCAAAGCCGCCCAGGCAAGACGACUCUUCCGACCCUUGGCGCCGAUCAGCGUUCGAUGUUGCAGCUUCAGAUGUUUCACUUGAAUCAAGGGAAGCCCAAGAGCCGGUUCAGGAAACCCAACCCCAAGUACAAGACCUCUCGAGCUCUUUGCCGGCCCUCUCCCGAAACGACACCCUUUCAGCGCAACAAAGACCUUCGUCGCGAGGAUCCGUGACCACUGGCAUUCGGCCCGUCCACUCUCUCCCUCCUCCCCAGCGGUCAGGUCAAGGUCGAGCCUUGGGCGCGGGCUUUGUCGAUUCAUCUGAUGUAAAAGAUGAACGAAGUCAAAUCACAAGUUCACUGGCUUCAAAAGAUCCUACAUGGUUCAAACAAACACAGGAAAGAGGACAAGGGAAUGCCGCUUUCAGAAGGAACCAAGGCGAAGUUUCGCCCAAGGCGAGCCAGAAUACGGCCGUAGGCUUACCUGGCAUGUCGAAUAAGAGAUACGAGCACAGAACGAAUGCUCCAAUGGAGAGCAUCCAAUUACAUUCACCCACCGUCAAUGGGUCUAAGAGCGAGAAUAGUCCAGAUUCUGGUCCUAUUUCUGCGAGGUCUAUAAUUUCUGCUCGUGGAUCGAAGGGCAUACCUGCACCUAUUCAGCCAGCUGAUUCUUCGUCAAAAAACAGUCUCAUUGCAAGUGAGGGCGAGACCCUGUCCGGUCGUAUAAAUACCAUGUCUCCGUCUCAAGGCCAACUUCUCCCAGAGGUAAGGGAGCGGUCUGUGUCACCUACGAAAGGACUAGGGGGCUUUGUUCAAAGCGCCCUGAUGAAGAGAUCAGACAGUGUGAGUAAGAGAUGGAGCGCACAGGCUACACCUGGGCUUAGUAGAGGCAACUCCAUAGCCAGCAAUCGUAGUGAAUUUGAGCGACCGAGAUUUCAGUCCGGAGGUCUUGCGUCUUUAGGCGAGCCAAAACCUGCCAGAUUUAAUCGUGAAAGCUUACCAGUUUCGUCUACUUCAGGGUCUAAUUCAAGUCACAUCAAUUCUACACCGAUAUCCCGUAAGUCUGAAGGUAUUCAGGAUGUUUCGUCGAAAUCUGCGGCCACGGUUGAGCAAACCACCCCAGCAGAUAGCACGACCUAUUUGCCAUCUCUUGCUGAAUCGCAAGCCGGCCUUAUUCUGACAGAUGCCAAAGACGAAACUGCAAUAAGCCCACCAGCAAGUCCUAGUAAGCGUUGGUCGCCUCAGAAAUCAAGCUGGCUUGAGAAUGCUAUCAACAAGCCUGAGUCUCCGAAGGUACUUUCACAAUCCCCAACGAAACAGCAGCCUCCAUGGAUGGCAGACCUUGCUCGGGCAAAACAACAAGGGAGCAUAGAUCUUUCUAGAAACACGCCUCACAAGCAAGUCAAUCCAGGAGGCUUGAUGCGCUCACCUCCCCCUGGUGCAGGAUACAAGGCCCCGAACAUCGGAGGGCUACCACCAGGAUUUACCGCCAGUUUCACAACAAGACCCAAAAUUGAGAAUUCUGAAGAUCCAAGCAAGAUACAGGUCUCCGGUGCGCUGACCGCAGAUGACGAGGCAGCUUCAACUCCAAGUAUAACCUCAGCCGCCUCCCAAACAAGCACAAGUCAAGAUGCUGCACCUAAGCUAACAAAGGAGUCUUUUCUUGACGAGCCCAGCCUUCGUACACAAGCAAUAGUAGCUGGUGAUGCUACACCACCGAGCUUUACAGUCAAGCCAACUAAUCUCAAGCCGAAGGCGAGAACGCCUCCAAAGAAAGACUUCCAGCCAGCACUCAAAUCUAGAUCUACGCCUCAAGAGUCAAAGGACCAAGAAGUCCCCGAAUUCAAAAAUAUCUUUGGUAAAUUGAAGCCUGCACAAGUCGGGAAAUACAAAGCACCUGACGAGUUGAAGGACAAUAUUACGCGUGGCAAAGCGAACCUCGCAUUUACAGGGGGUCCUAAGAAGACUGAGCACAAAGACAAUUUCAAAGAAAGUAUUCUCCGCAAAAAGCAGGGCAUGAUAACCCCAUCAGCUUCAACCAUAAUUAGCAGCGCGGCGACCAGGGACAACGCCAUCCAAGAGCCCGAAGCAAUACAGAAGAGACAAGGGCUCAUGAGGUCCGAGAAUGUCGAUAUCCGCACAACAACUCAGUCUUCAAGCAAUGCGGUAAAUCAACAGUCUGAAAUUAUAGCGACAGGGCCGCAAUGGCCCAAUAUGCCGAAGCCAGCUUCGACGAAGAAGCCCACAGUCAACUCUCCGGUUGGAAAGAGUCAAACUAAUGUUCCCAACGCCGCUAAUUUUGCCUCGUCUUUAGCCGGGAUUCUCCAGCGAGGAGCCCCGCAACCUUUCUCGAAGGAAGUGACAGUAGGAGCUGGAGCAGAAAUUCCUGUCUCUACAUCCAAUGAGGCGUCAAUCAAGCUAGAACGGGGCCCUCAAUCCAGGUCUCAAUUAACUCAUGCAACAAAAGCAAGAGCUCGCGGUCCUAAAAGAAAACCUCCUUCGUCAAGCAAGCAAGAUUCAUCCAGCCUUGGAAAUUGUGCGAAAGACUCAGCUGAGAGUGUACUGUUUGGUUCAGGUAACCCCGCUGAUGCCAAAGAGACUCCGACAGUUAAGCAUGAUUUUCUUCAGCGACCCAAACCUGAGCCACGGCCACUCUCCAACAUAACAAAGAGCAACAACAAUAACCGGAAACCAUCCCUACCUUCUUCUCCCAGAAAGCCUUCCACAUCUGUUGCGCUGUCAGCUCAAAGCUCGCCGACUGCACAAAGUCCUUCAGCUCUCAAAUCGCCAAAUCAAGCUCUCGAGACCUCCGCAAAUAGCCAUCCUUCAGCCCUACCUAAGUCAAUGAAAAAGCGUACUGCGAGCGAAGAUAACGCAAGAUCCCCUGAAACAGAAGUCUUGAGAAAAUCAAGCAAUGUUCUUAAAUCUCCGCCCGCUGUUGCUCAAAAGCCUGCUGCCACCAAGGUCAUAGCUAUGCCAAGUGAUCAAAUACAGUCUCGCAGCCCAGUAAUACCGACUAGACCUGAAAAUGAUAGCAAGACCUCGGAGCUCUUCGCAAACAUAUUCGAUGACACGACUCCAGGUAAAGUGAAUAUCAGGGUCAAUACGCAAGAGGUAAUCGAUGCACGCCAGUCGAAGGAAAGCUUCCAGAAAAUCAAAACUCUCCGUAAGCAGAUCUUUCAAAUCCUUGACAACGGCAAGACGAUACCUGUUCCACAACUUCAAGAGCAUGUGCUUUUCGAAGAUGCGUUGUAUCUUUGUAAUCACGUCUUCGGAACGGCGACUGGUCAAAGGAUGACCGAGGUUUACUUGUGGUGUGGCGAUGGCAUGUCGUCGUCAUUAGUCGAAGAUGCACAAAUAUUUGCCAAAAAGUUCGCCAGGGAUAGCAACGGCAAACUUGUCAUUAUCGCUCAAGGCAAAGAGACAUCCAAUUUCUUCCAAGCCCUCGGUGGCAUAGUGAUCGUACGCAGAGGUCCAAGUAGGCACAUCGACCAGUCAUCUGAUUCUGCAUAUAUCUUGUGCGGUCGGCAGCAUGCGGGUCAAAUGGCUUUUGAUGAAAUUUUACUUACGCCUCAGUCCCUCUGCAGCGGGUUUCCUUUCAUCGUCUCUACGGGCUCCGGAAAGAUUUUCCUAUGGAAGGGGGAGGGUUCGAGCGCUGAUGAAAUCGGUUGUGCAAGACUGAUUGGCAUGGAUCUUGGAAUUAGUGGUGAUAUAAUGGAAGUGAGCGAAGGUUCGGAAUCUGCAGACUUCUGGUCUGCGUUCGCCAGCACACCGCAAACCGCCACGACUCCAGACCCUUCUUUUCAGCACUGGCGAGAGAAAUCUGUCCGUGAAACUUAUUCCACACGGCUUUUCGGGUCAGAAAUUGACUGGUCGCGGCCGAAGAGCGCUUCAAGUUUCAUGCAAUGGGGACGGCGCCCGAGUACGCCUUCAAACGACACGAACGUACCUUUGAUCGCUCGUGUUCGAGAAAUAGCGCCGUACUCGCAAGCAGAUGUGUUAGGUGAUGGCGUCGUUAUUCUCGACGCGUAUUUCGAAAUAUUCAUCAUACACUCGCUCGCAACUCUUGCUCCACCUCCCCAUCGUCGGACAUCGAAUCUUUCGUCCUUUCGUGCUGCGCUGCUCUUCGCGCAAGAGUAUGCAAUUCUAGUUGCAUCAGCUGAAGACCGACCUUUUGUUCCCCAAGGCUCUGUCGUUUUCUUCGCCCAAGACGACGCUUCGCUUGAAGAUCAAGUGCCACAGAUGCUCAUAUGGUCAUUCAGAAAAUGGGAUGCUCAUAAAGUGAAAGCGUGCAAAGUUCUGGGCUUGGUAGAAGCUCUGGAGGCAAUUGGCAUGAGUCGAGAUGCUUGA